CAUGUCAACUCUCCGAUCUCAGCUGUUUCAGUAAAUGAUAUUCAUGACGUUCGCCAAUUGAAAUGGACCAAAGUAAAGAACAAUAACCUUGCACAAGGAAGAAAGUUGUUGAAUGAACUGCAGGGACCCGAAUCUAUUGUAGUGGACAAAGAAGGAAACUGGUACACUGGACUCAUAGAUGGUAGAGUUGUUAAAAUUGUCAAUGCCGGGAAAGAGGACCAAGCAGUGGUUGACAUAACAGCAUCGUAUGAUUUUGCAAUAGGUAGCAAGCGAAAGGGCAAACGACCGAUCGGUAUUCGUUUAAGUAAAUCGACGCUCUAUUUUGCGGAUGGUUAUCAGGGAUUAUUUGCAAUUAAUAUAAGGACGAACCAAUGGGAAAAAAUUGUUGGCUACGAUGAAGUGGAACCACAUAUGAUGUUCCCUAACGAUUUGGUAAUUACUUUAAAUGGAAAAACAAUAUAUUUCACUGAUAUAAGUGAGAAAUGGGACCAUGACAAUGUGGCGUUUGGUACAAUAGAAGGAGAAUGUCCAGGUCGCAUUUUAAAACGUGACGUUAAAAGCAAACACAUUGAUUUGAUUUAUAGUGGCCUAUGCUUCCCUAAUGGAAUCGAACUGGAUCGUAUUGAAAACAAUCUUCUGGUAUCAGAAAAUGCUCGCAGGAGCGUUAUUGCGAUUGAUUUGGAAUCCCGGAACAUCGUGAAAACCAUCAUAUUACCGGGAGGCCCUGAUAAUAUUAGAAAGGCAAGAAAUAACGGUUAUUGGGUGGCUAUACCCGUUCUACAUCAUUCUACCACGGACUUUAUAUGAGAGUAUCCUACACUUCGCAAUAUUAUUGCUAGCAUAUUAGGGAGAGAAGGUUUAUUUCAACUCGUUGAUCUUAAUCAAGAAAUAAUCGUGAAACUUUUGAGCCUGAAAGCAUCCAUUAUGAUUUGGACGGCAAAGUUUCGAAAGCAAUAACGGAGGUUUCCGAAUUAGACAAUGGAGAAAUUUUGCUUGGCAGCUUCAUUCAAAGCGGAAUCGUUCUACUGGAG